AUGAGCGAGGCUGGGGAUGUCCCCAUGAGGGCGAGCAAAGAGACAGUGCCUGUGUCGGUGGUGGAAGCUGGCAUGGCCGACGAGAACUCGUCUCGAUACCAGUUCCGUCCCUAUGACACGCCCGGCGCCGCGACAGGCUCGGACGACGAGCUGCCCAGCCCGGCGUCGCAGCCAUUCCUGACGUCGCGGGAGCGUGUGCUGCGGAGCUAUGAGCGCAUGGGUGUCUCGGGCUUUGUUCUGUUUGUGGGUCUGUACAUCGUGCACUGGGUCGUGCGCCGCUGGAAGACGAUCGUGACCGUCGCCACGUCCGGCGCGAUCCUCGGUCUGCUUUUGCUCAACCUGGGGCGCCCCGAGUGGUACGAGAUGGCGUACUACCGCGUCGACCCGAACGCGCGUGUGCCGCUGGACGUGAGCGGGCGCCCCAUCUCGGUGCGCCCGGCGCAUCCCAUCAUCCCGCCCAAGCUCGAUCAGUGUCCGGGCCCGAACGGUGUGCCGGUGCCGCUCUCGCCGUCGAGCGCGCACCCGACGCCGGCGACGCACCCCAAGCCGAUUGUCGGCGACUAUAAGCUGGUCGGUGUGGAUGGGGACCAGUGCAUCACGUACAAGGAGCGGUACGGCAUGUACACCGACGAGGCGCUGAAGAUCACAUACCGCCUGCCCGACGAGCUGCUGCCUGCGACGGAGGAGGCGGUGGACGAGGACCCCGACGACCCGUGGCCGGUGCACCAGGUGGGCCAGUCGGCGCCACGCGGCGCCGUCGAGUACGACCCGCUGUUUGGCCAGCCGCGGCCGGAGGGUAUGCAGACGAAGGACUACGAGAACCUGCUGCGCGAGCGGCUUAUGCGCCAGAACACGCGCGAUCCGCACCGCGUGAAUGUGCCGAACUGGCGCGCGCUCAUGGACGCAUGCUACGCGCGGCAUGUGCAGCAGCAGGGGUGGAACGCGUCGACGUGGGACAGCGAGCAGUACCGGACGGACCCCGCGGUGAAGCGCACGGCCAUCGUGAUGCGGGCGUACGAGGGAUACCCGUGGCGCGAGGACGACAUUCUCAACCUGCGUGCGAUGAUCAGCGAGCUCUCGCUGAACAACCCGAACACGCCGUACGACGUGCGCAUCCUCGUCGAGGUCAAGGACCCAGCGCUGAGCGUCUUCACGUCCGAGUGGGACCGGUACCGCGUGCUCGUGAGCAGCGUGCCGCGCGAGUUCUGGGGCCUCGUCGAGUUCUGGUCCGAGAAGCAGCUGGAGGUGCUGUACGCGGGUCUGCCGGGGCGCUUUAUCAACAAUAUGAUCGCGCAGACGUCCUACCGCGCGUGCCUCAUGGCGCUGCAAAAGUUCUGGCUCGACCACCAGGAGUACGACUUUGUGUACAACUGGGAGAUGGAUGUGCGCUACAUCGGCAACUACCUCGACUUUUUCGAGGGCAUCGAGGCGUACGCGCGGCAGGAGCCGCUGAAUCCGGGCAUGCACAAGUACGAGACGUGGUACAUGCCCGGCGUGCCCGAGUCUGAGCGCAUCUGGCGCGCGCCGAGCAGCUCCAGCACCAAGGUCGGCGAGGAGGCCGACAUGAUCACGCUCGGGCCCAUCUUCGACCCGCGCGGCAGCGGCUGGUACUGGACGCACGACGUACAGAACUACCCCCUCGGCCGCGACACGGACCGGCGCGCGUCGAUCGGCACCAACAUGCGCCUCAGCCGCGGCCUACUCGAGGCGAUGAACGUCGUCAACGCCGAGGCGAAAAAGAGCCUCCACUGCGAGGCCUGGCCCACGACGCUCGUGCUCCACUCGCAGAUGCCCCUCUCGCACAACCACUCGUUCUACCCCGAGGCCGGGUUCAGCUACACGCUGCCGAUCCCCUUCAAGGGCGUGUUUGCGCCGCACCCCAUUUACUUCCGCCACGAGUGGGACAUUCACGAGCUCAAUCGCCUGCUCAACCGCCAGGACUUUUACGAGAAGAAGAACGAGAACCUCCACAAGGACUCGUCGUUCUACUACCACGCCCAACACGCCAAGGAACUCUACAUGGGCUGGAAAAAGAACGCCAACGUGUGCCGCGCACCGUCGGUGCUCCAUCCCAUCAAGCGUGUCGAUUAG